CGCGUGGCCCUGGUGCGAUGCUCAUGAGUCCGUGUGGUUUCAGGAAGGUGUUUUCUAAGUUGAGCUUCCACGUCCCUGCGGAGGUGGUGAGGAAGAUAGUGAUGAGCACGGCUGGCUUCAUCGAGCCCGUCCUGUGUACACUCCGGGAGAGGAUAGAGAGCAAGAGGAUGGAUAGAGUGAGCGACAACAUGCAGCAAGUGGAGUACUACAGCAUCUCCCAUGACCAAGCACACAAAGAGAACGGUGAUGUUGUGAGCGAGUCGGACCAGACAAAGGACAUGCGUAUGAGGAAGACCAAAGACAGGCCGGCGGUCAGGGUUCUGCUCGGCCCUGAUGUGGACCCGUCCAUCCGCCUGAUGAUGGAGGAGAAGGAGCAGGCGCUGCUCACCCUGCGUGAGACUGUGGAGAUCCUGCAGAUUAAAGUGAACCGGCUGGAGCACCUAAUCCAGCUGAAGGAUCUGCGCAUUGAGGACCUUACAAAGCACCUGGAGCGCCACAAGACCCGUGCCCAGCUCAGUUGAGCCCCCCACUGAGCAUGCUCACAACCCAGCCCACAACCGCCUUCCAUCUGAGCAUGCUCAAAGCCCUUCUUCUUUGUCAGGACCAAUCAGGGAUCGCCACCAGCACAGACUAAACCAUGCCCUUCUCAGUCUCUAGAAGCUCUUAGUAAACAUCAGUCUUUAAAUAAAAAAGACACCUUUUAUUUUGUAACUGUUAUUCUUUCUGAUUUGAUGUUCCGUUACGACAGUACUUCAUCCUUAUGAUUGCUUUGUAAAUUGUGUGUUUGUGCCAGAUGAAGCCUUAAUGAAGUGUUACUCUGUGGAUGUGUCUUUAUGUUGUCCGUGAUAAAAUCAUGACAAGCCUUUUCAGCGACCCAGCACAACCCGUGUGCCUGAUGUGGGAAUGGCCUUACCUCUCACUGCAGA